AAACUAACCACAGCCACAGAAAAACAUAAAUCUGCAUUUAAGAGAGAAAGACACUUUUAUUAAAUUACAAGCGUCGAAAAAAAACGAGGUGCGUCUGGACGACGUGAAAAAAGCCAAACAGAGACGCGAGAGGAUUUAAAUACAUACUUUUUGCCACAUUUUUCGAUUUUUCUCCCCAAAGUGGUAUCCCUUCGCCCGAACGCCAACAUGAUGUCCUAUCUGAAACAGCCGCCGUACACGGUAAACGGACUGAGCUUAUCUGCUUCAGGAGUGGACCUGCUGCAUCCCUCUGUGGGAUACCAAGGCACCCCUCGCAAACAGAGGAGAGAGAGGACAACCUUUACGCGGGCUCAGCUCGACGUGCUGGAGAACCUGUUCGGAAAGACCCGGUACCCUGACAUCUUCAUGAGAGAGGAGGUGGCCUUAAAGAUCAACCUGCCCGAGUCCCGCGUGCAGGUUUGGUUUAAAAACCGACGAGCCAAACACCGGCAGCAGGCCCAGCAAACUCAAAGUGGAGUUCAGAACAAAGUUGUCAGCAAACCGGUGAAGAAGAAAUGCUCUCCAGUCCGAGAGGUCAGCUCAGAAAGCGGAGCCAGUGGCCAGUUCACGCCGCCCUCGAGCACACCUCUCCCGGCUGUGAGCAGCAGCGCAGCGCCGGUGUCAAUCUGGAGCCCGGCCUCCAUCUCCCCUCUCUCGGACCCUCUGUCCACCUCCUCCUCCUCCUCGUGCAUGCAGCGCUCCUACCCCAUGACCUACACCCAGGCAUCGGGCUACAACCAGGGCUACACGGGCUCCUCGUCCUACUUCACUGGGAUGGACUGCGGCUCCUACCUCUCGCCGAUGCACCACCAGCUCUCCGCCGCGGGCUCCUCCAUGAGCCCCAUGGGCGGCAGCGGGGUGUCCAGCCACCUGAGCCCGGCGUCCUCGCUCUCCACGUCGGCGUACGGAGCGGCAGGUCUGGGCUUCACUGGAGCAGCGGACUGCCUGGACUAUAAGGACCAAACAUCAUCGUGGAAGCUCAAUUUCAACGCAGACUGUUUGGAUUACAAAGACCAGUCAGCGUGGAAGUUUCAAGUGUUGUGAGAGGAGAGAAAAAAAGGGACAAUUUCUACAAAAAAAGCAGACUUUACAGGCGAAUUCAACCCUAAAGUUGGGCGCGACAAGUAUAAAGGCCCCCAACUUCUACCUCCAGGACUGCAGGUCUCACUUGUUGGGUUAAUUUAUUGAACAUAGCCUACUGACUGAUUCUCUCGAUCUUUGAUCAAGGACACGGAACAAAUGUGCUGACCAAAAAGAGAAAAGGAUCAAAAGAGUCUAACUUGGGUUGAGUUUGAGGAGUAGGUCAGGUUUUCUUCUCUAAGCUCCUUAAAGACUCCCCUCUCUCUUGUCUUUUUUUUAUUUUGUUGGCACGCUGAAGGGCCCCUUUGAUCAAAGCAUGUGUGUUGUGGAGAGGGUGUGUGUGUGUGUGUGUGUGUGUGUGAGAGAAUGAAAGCAGCUCUGAUAUGAACCUGGAUGCACUAUUAAUUUAUAAGAAAUAUGUUUAGUAAUAAGAGACAAUCAGUCCGUUUGCGUGUGCUCAUGUCCUUUUAUGUGUUUUUGAAUUAUUUCCCCAUGUGUUAGAUUUCUUUUUUUCUUUGAAUAUUGUGAUUCUUUGUAUGCAAGUUUGACACAAAAACCCAGCUGUGAAUUUGAUUGAUUCAUUUCCAUAUCUUGAGUGUUAAAUAAAUAAAUUAUUAAACGGACAUAUUAGUUGAAUUCAAUAGGGAGUGCAGGUUGAAUGAGAAGCAAAUAACCUCUGGUUAAUUUGAGCUGUAAUGUGCUGUGAAAAGGCCACAAACACACUAAAUGACAAUAAAGACCACUUGACCUGACCCAA